AUGUACCUUUUUCUAUCUGUUAUUCUUCCCCUGCUCAGGAGCACUCUGGCUAACAGCUGUGGAACCGGCAUCCGCUCUUCAACCAACGACCCCAGCCGGAAACCCCUGGACAACAGAGUGCUGCACGCUGUCAAAUUCUACUGCCAGAACUUCGCUCCGAGCUUCAAGGAGAGCGAGAUGAACGCCAUCGCGGCCGACAUGUGCACCAACGCCCGGCGCGUGGUGCGAAAGAGCUGGAUCCCCAAACUGAAGCUGCUGAUGGCCGACAGCGACGCCUACUCCGCCUUCCUGGCCGACAGCGUGAAGAUGGAGGCCGACGCGCUGGGGGCGGAGCCUGGCUUUGACCCCGCCUCCUUAGAAGCAGUCGCGGCGGCGGCAGCCAAUCACAUUGAAGCAGGAGGCGGAGCUACGCAAGCGGACAGCCUUCAGGUGGGAGGAGGAGACGGGAGCACUUUGUUUUGAGUGACAGAUGGAGGACAGACUGACGACGACGACGACGAGUGGGAAAUGGCGGUUGUUACGGUCGCCAUUUUGUUUUUUUUAGGGGAGAUUUAUUUCUUCUUCUUCUUCUCCACCUCUCCCGCUUCUGCUUUCCCCUCUUUGUGUGUGUGUCCCCCUUAACGGCCCAGAAUGCAUCACUUUGGGUUGUCCCUCCUUCCUUGAGAGAUGGAAAGACUUAGAGAAAGGUGGCAGAGAGAAGAGGUGAACCCCCCUUUGCCCUUUCUCCCCUCUGCCACCUUUCCAGAUUGUUUUUUGCCUUUUUAUUUUGUUAUGUUUUUAAAAGUGUGUUCUGUCACUGAGGCCCUUUUUCUUACCAUAAUCAGACAUUCCCUGGGGAGGGCGGGUCGGGGGAGUCCAGUUCCUUCCCUAAACUCCGGUAACACUGUUGUUUUUUGAUAUUGAAUGUAUGCGUGGAGAAGAAUCCGGACCGCAGCGUGGAGUCAGUGUGAGUACAGAGGGGUUUUUAUAUAUCUGUUUUUUCUUUGUUUUGUCACUAAAGAGCACGGGAUUGAUGAGGUCAGAGGUUGAAAUGAAUAUUGAUUUGUAUAUUGGCACAGUUUAUGAUCUUCCUGACCUCCGCACUAGCCCAUAGAACCUUUUUAACCCACGCCAGGCAUGCUGGGAAAUUGAGUUACCAGCUAAAAGAGCUGCAGUGUGUUUUUGCAGAGAAACUAAUAUUGGCUCGAUUCAAACCUUUUCCCUUCGACUUCCCCCACUUUUUUAAACACUAAAACCUUAAAAAAGACCAUUAGCAGUUACAAAAUGUUAAAAUGUUUUAAAUUCUGAAUUGUUCCUGUUUUAUAUAUGUGUGGUUGUUUUGCCAAGCCUCCUGAAGGAGAGGACACUUGUUACCGAUGAUUGUCAAAGAGUUUUGCGCGUGAGAAAUGCACUGUGUUACUUCCUGCGGUAUGAGUACAAUCGACGCUUUUGUACGUAUCAGAAAGAGAAGAAGGGGCGGGGUUUAUUUAAGAAAAGGCAACGAAACAUUUGAAAAGAAAUACGAGCUGGAAUCCAAUUGAUAUCUUUUUCAAUCACCCUUUUUAGUUUUGAUUUUAAAAGUCUGAAGGAAAGUCGAGGAAUAUUCAUAAGCGAGUUUCUGCCUUGGAGCUUAGGAACAAGUUGUGUGUGUGUGUGUGUGUGUGUGUGUGUGUGUGUGUGUGUGUGUGUGUGUGUGUGUGUGUGUGUG